AUGACAAACAUUUAUUUGAAUCCACAACCUUCUACAUCAGCAGGAUCCUCAUCAUUUGCCAUUUCGCCAAGAAUGAUGAUGCCUCCUCCUCAAGAGUUGAAUAGGAAACCACAGACGAAAAGCAGAAAGAAAAAGGGGAAAACUGCAAUUCUCACCUCAAGCCCUUACAAGACGGAACUAGAAAUGGAAGAAGAGGAAAAAGGGAAAAAUCAAAAAAAGAAAAACGUAAAAAGAAAAGUAAUGGAAACCAAUGACGAAGAUAACCAAGAAAAUAAAGAAAACGGAAAAAAGAAAAAUAUAAAAAAUCAGCCCAAGCCAAACAAAGUACAUAAAGACACUAAUCAAGAAAAUUAUCAUUUUCAAGAAAAUUCGAAUUUAGAGAUUCAGACAGAAAAUAUUAAUAAAGAACCCACUGCCUUAAAUAAUGACUCUUUUGACAACAAUAAUUCAGAAAUAAGUUCCAUUUACAACUUAAACGAAUCACUUAAUAAUUUAAGAGAAAAGGCACUGCACUUUUCCCUAAACUUUCAUGCUCAAGAUAACAUGACCAGGAGCGAUGAUCUAGAAAUUCAAAAACAGGUUCAUAAAAAUUAG